UGCCAGUUUGGUUGUCUGAGCAUGUCUCCUCAAAAGAAAUUCUCUGUCCGUUCAAUGAUUGGGCCAUUCAGAAGAAUGUCCAAGAAGUCAUUGACUUACCGCUUGAUUAGCCGCAUGGCGAAGUCGCCUGUCUUGUCCACCAUUUCGCUUGCUGCAAUACUUUUUUUUAUCUAUGCAGACAGCUUGAUGUCUAAUCUAUCCGUUCAUAAUGCAAAUAUCAAGACCGGUGAGGUUUUCCCAUAUACUCAGACUCAGACGACUCCAGUUGUUGAAGGAGAAGGACAAGUUGCCACGAGUUUGAAUAGCCUGCCAGUGGCGGCUGCUACCACCAUCCAGGAAAGAAAGAUUGAAGAAACUGAGAAUGAAGAUCCUCUCAUUCCUCCUUUCAAAGCCUCGGCAGAUGAAAGAAUGGAAUGGUUCAGGAGGAAACUACCGGAACUUGAAAUUCUCAAAUCAAAUGAGUUGAGUGAGCGAUUCCAUGGUCGGGUUUUGGAAUUGUUCAACAACAAAUGUUCAGCACAGUUCUUCAUGGUGUGGCUGUCAACAGCGCAGUCCUUUGGGCCUAGAGAGUUCUUGGCCGUGGAUAGUCUGUUCAGCACCACCCCUGAUGGAUGUUUGCUGAUUUUGUCAAGCUCCAUGGACAGCCCAAAAGGGUACAGGAUCUUGAAACCACUUAUUGAUCGAGGGUUUAACGUUCUUGCAGUCACACCAGACUUGCCCUUUCUAGUCAAGAACACCCCAGCUGAACCGUGGCUUGAUGACUUGAAGAGCGGGAAUAUGGACCCUGGCUCUAUCCCUUUAUUCAAUCAUCUUUCUGAUCUGAUCAGGCUAGCAGUUUUGUACAAGUAUGGAGGAGUUUACUUGGACACAGACUUCAUCUUUUUGAAAGAUUUAUCAGGGUUGAGGAAUGCCAUUGGUGCACAAAGUAUCAACCAACAAACCAAAAAAUGGACUCGGUUAAACGGAGCAGUCAUGAUCUUUGACAUCCACCAUCCUGUUUUGGUGGAAUUCUUAAGGGAAUAUGCCACAACUUUCAACGGGAACAGAUGGGGGCACAAUGGACCAUACUUGGUUUCCAGGGUCUUGGAGAGACUACGAGAAAACUCUGAAUAUAACAUUACAGUUUUCCCCCCAAAGGCCUUCUAUCCUGUGGAUUGGAUUAAGAUAGCCAAGCUCUUUAAGAAGCCAGAAACGGAGGCGGACUUGAAAUGGGCAGAUGAUACACUGGCUGAUAUAAGCAAUGAUAGCUAUGUAGUUCACCUCUGGAACAAGCGAAGCAGGGAAUUGAAGAUAGAGGAGGGAAGUGUCAUGGCCAGAAUGAUUGCAGAGCACUGUAAUAUUUGCGAGAACAUAUACGAUCCUUGAACAAAACUUCUCCUCUAAUGAAUGACCCCAUUCGGCCCUUCAGGAGUAGCAAAUCAAGGAAAUUUAUUUAAUCUCCUUUACUUUGUUGCUUGAAUAAGUUAUGAUUCAAGGGUAGUAAGCAAUUCUUUCCAUCACAUAGGUGUUAUUUUUUCUACCAUUUUUGGUGUUUCCAAUGUAGAAACGAAACAGAUAUAUACCUGAUGUAAAAUGCAUAUGAAAUUCAUUCUUUUCUUCUAAUUA